AUGCGCGGGCGUCCGGAGCCCUCAUUCACGUCUUACGCGUCGAGACGUCUACACAUUAUUCAGUGCACAUCUCACUGUUUAUUGACGAAUUCGAAUAGUAAAAUGAUUAAAGGAAUUCAUCAUAAGUCUAACUACACUCUAUAUGUAAAUGACUCGCCGAAAAUGAUGGCAAUCGCACCGGCACCUGAAACUCGAUUAACAUUAGAGUUGGAACCAAAAAAAUAUAAUUACAAGAACUGCAGCCACAACGGAACUCAAGCUGCUUCGAUUGCAAGAAGAAACGCCAGGGAAAGGAACCGUGUGAAACAAGUGAACGAUGGAUUCAACGCGUUGAGGAAAAGACUGCCUGCCGCAGUCGUAGCCGCAUUAUCCGGAGGCGCGAGACGUGGUUCCGGGAAGAAACUCAGCAAAGUAGACACACUACGAAUGGUCGUCGAAUAUAUAAGGUAUUUACAAAAUAUGAUUGACGAAAGCGAUGCAGCGCUUGGCAUUCCUAAGCAGCCUUCGAUAGACUUAUCGACGAUCAGCUAUGAAGCGGAUGAUGGUGUCUUCGAAAGGAGUUCUCCAUAUACGGACUCCGUUCCUUCACCGGCGGACUCUGAAAGCUCUUCAGGCGUGUCAUCAAACUAUUCACAAGGCUACAUUCCAAAUUUUCAUAUCGAAGAACAAAUAACUCCAAUGGAUGACGACCUACUUAAUACUAUCUCGUGGUGGCAAGAAAAGUGA